CGGUCUUAACAUCCAUUUGAAAAAUCUCAUAAUCCAUAUGAGCGGCCACAACCAAGAGAAUCCUGAUGGAUUUGAGCAUGGCUACCGGCGAAAAGGUUUCCUCAUAAUCGAUCCCUUCUUUCUGAGUGUACCCUUUCGCAACAAGCCUAGCUUUGAAGGUCUCAACCUUCCCAUCUGGUCCUCUCUUUCUCUUAUAGACCCACUUGCAUCCAAUGGCGCGUACGCCACUGGGUGGCUCUGCAAGAUCCCAGACCUGAUUAGUGUUCAUCGACUCUAUUUCAGAUUUCAUCGCCUUUUGCCAAGACUCUGCGUCCUGAUCUUGGAUUGCCUCAUUGUAUGUCCAUGGGUCGGUUUCAAGAACGUCUGGGACGGCCUCAGAAGACUCUCCCAGACCCAUGAACC